AAAGAGAAAGCAUCUCUUGUUGCAGCCUGUGUGAUGUGCAGAUAUUUCAAUGAAUGAACGGUCGGCUGACUGCGAAAGAGAACAGGAGGAUAUUCCGCUGGGACUGAAGCGCCUCCCCUUUAAUCGCUCGGUUGAGUUUGCCUCGGAGCUGGAGUCCUCUCUUCACUCACACAUUUGCCGUCAGUCGUUGGAGGAACUCUGGUGGAUAUCAGAGCUCUUGUGUUGCGGUAGGAAGGCAGUCGCUUUUCGUUUCUGCUGUCCUUUUGUGGAAUAAGAAUCAUAAGAAGCGGAAGGUUGUGCCACUUUUUUGUGGCGUUUUAUUGUCAUCGACAUGAAGAAACACGGGGUGAAGCAUCCAAAGUGGCUGAAGGACUGAACUGGCUUGUCUCCUGCUCUUACUCCACCACACACCAACACCUCAAAAAGCUGAGAUGGCCAAGUGGCUGAAAGACUACCUGAGCUUUGGGAGGAAAGUGCCUCCUCAGCCGCCCACACCAGACUACACAGAGAGCGAGAUCCUCAAAGCAUAUCGGCUCCAGAGGGACCUUGAUUUCGAGGAUCCCUACGAGGACUCAGAAAACAGGUCCAGGGGAGAGUCUGGGACUUCGGACCCUGCCACACCGGUGUAUGGAUCUCCUAUGAAGUCACCCAGUGUGGACGUGAAAUCUCCUAAACACAGGCUGAUCAAAGUGGACUCCCAGGAACUGGGCCGCACCAAGAUCCUCCUCAGUGCCAUCUCUUUAGAGAACCAGCAAGAGCCUGUGGUGCCAUCCGCUCCAUUGGCAGGGGACACAGAUUAUUCUGACCCAUUUGACGCUCGACUGGACCACCGAACAGAUCCAGAUAUAGGACCUGUUCCCGGCGAGAAUAACGGCUACAUGGAACCGUACGAGGCCCAGAGGGUCAUAACGGAGCUGCAGCGCGGUCCAGGUGGAGGACGGGUGCGGGGAGGCGUGCAGCUCUAUGACACCCCUUAUGACGACGAGCGAGGCCAGGGCUUGGGUUUGGUGUAUGGAGAACCUCAGGAGGAGGGCAAAGAGAGCAGCAGGCUGCCGCAAGAUGAUGAGAGACCGGCUGAUGAGUAUGAUCAACCCUGGGAAUGGAAAAAGGAUCACAUCUCUAAAGCUUUUGCAGAAAUGAGGGAGUUGUCGGAGUUGCCCUGGCCUGCCCCGGUGGGUCAGCUGGAGGAGGAGCCCCCCGUCAGAGAGCAAGUGCAGUUUGAAGGCGCAGAGUGGGACCGUUCCUCGUCGCCCACAGAGCGGCUGCGUCCUCCGGGGCCCAGGUCCAGCCCGCUGGCAGGAGGGGGGGUGAAGUUUCGAAUGCCGCAUGAAGCCCUCACAAUGGUCGGGGAGAGAGUAGACCCAACUCUGCCUCUGGAGAAGCAGGUCUGGUACCACGGUUCGCUGUCACGUUCGGAGGCGGAGUCGCUGCUAACGCUGUGUAAAGAGUGCAGCUACCUGGUGAGGAACAGUCAGACCACUCGCUCCGAUUACUCCCUGUCCCUACGAAGCUGCCAGGGCUUCAUGCACAUGAAGUUCACCCAGUGUAAAGAUGGAAAGUACGUGCUGGGACAGAACAGCCCGCCUUUUGACACCAUCCCAGAGGUCAUCCACUUUUACACCACGCACAAACUCCCAAUCCGAGGUGCCGAGCACCUGUCCCUGCUGUUCCCUGUGCUGGUGCAGACACUCUGACUGAACGGGUCCUCCGGGAUUUCAUCAUGAGCGGACACUUGACACAAAACAUGAAUGUUUGACAGCAUCUCCCCCGCAGAAUGAUGGUGCUCUCAUCUUGAUUGAUUGGACUACUUUUGAUGAUUCAACUGCUGGGAGGCUAAUGUCCUCGCCCACCACUGCUGUUGUACCUGUGCCAAGUGUCUCUAACAUCGGGGAGAUCAGUUCACAUGACAUGUAAUACCUGAACUUUGCUGUAACUCCGCUGUCUCAUCUCUCUGCUAACCCAGCGGCCCUGACUUUAGGACAUCUAAAAUUCUCCUGUUCUGUUCAUUCCUUUGACAGCUGAUGGAUGUGCAGUGGACAUCAGCAGAGCUGGGAGAAAGUCUGUAUAUUCUACAUCUACUGAUGCCCCAGUUUACAGAAGACUGAGAUUAAAUUAUUGCUGUUCCACAAAAACACCUCAUCAACACUGUUAAAAAAAAAUAUUGCUGUUGUUAGGUGAAAACCUUCAUAUUGUGCUGAUUUUUCAUGUUUAUACCGGGAUCAAUAAAUUCAAUUGUACUGUAUGAGAUGAGAUACCUUUUUCAUCCUCAGGCUAUGGAAGCCCUUUUGUAAAUGUUGCAAACGUCAUGCUGCAAAAGAAGAGCUAUUUUCAAAGAUAAAAAGGUUUUUACCAACAGCAGUUAUAUUUCCAACGCCUUUCUACACAAAGCCACGCCUGUUCAUUUCCAUCCCGUCAGUUCUUCUUCUAUUGUUCGCUGAAGAUUCGCUCAACACAUCUCCAUGUUACUUGAUGAAUGUUCUUCAUAAGCAACAGAAAAGCUGUGCUGUGCCGGUACUUGUGUUGACCUUCCUGGUACCUUUAUUUCUUGUUGCUUGCCUGUGUUGCAUUUGAUGGACUGUGUAGGGUUUGUUCAAAGCAACCUGUCACUGCUGUUAUUGUCUUUUGACCAACUAAAAGAUAAGAUAAGCUUGGAAUCUGAGCUGUAGGCUAUAUAUAUGACAAAGAGACUGAACACUAAAGCAAACUCUCAAACUUUA